CAUCCAGACACAUUUUACUCGUUUCACCAAUCAGGGAAGCGACUGACAUUUAGGAAUACUGUCCUACUUAUGUCUUAUGUCCAUGGAUUUCUAUUUUUAUUUUGCAUUUUCAUGAACUUCACUUCUUGUGAAUGAAACAACCAGCCUCCCAGCCAGUUUGGGUUUGUCUUCUAUGGUAUGACUGACGCGCACAAUGAAGCUGGCCUUGUUACUACUGCUGCUUCAUGUGACCCAAGCAGUUGAUACUAUGAAAUAUGCUUUGAUGAACGGCUCCAUUGAACUUACUGGUGUAGUCCCAGAUGUUCAAAUUACGUCAGUCCUGUGGAACUGGGGCCUGGACAAGGUUGCAGAGUGGGAUGUGGACGAGCACUUUAUAUUUCCCUCUAACUGCCCUGCUGAGCUCAACAAUGAAACCUGGGCUCUAACCAUCUCUCAACUGCAGCCUAGUUGUGGAGGUCAAUACACGCUUCUCAUUAAUGAGAAGGAGACGUCGUCAUUUCAGCUCAAUGUAUUAGAACUCGUUUCUGAGCCAAGCAUCACCAAAGAGUGUAACUACAGUAGUUGCAACCUGACCUGUGAAGGAAACGACACCAGCUACACUGAGUACACCUGGACUGAUGAUGAGGGGGGAAACACACCUGGCUCUAUACUACAAGUGGAGAAGAAUGAAACGCUGGACUUGACCUACACCUGCAACUUCAGCAACCCACUCAGCUCGGAAACCAGGAGCAUCAGUUACAAAGAGCUGUUCCCUCCAUUAGAAUUGCAAACCAGAACCGUGAUCAUUAUUGCUGUGACUGUGCUGGCCAGCUUGAUCGUUUUGGUUGCUAUAAUAGCUGUAGGUAUAUUCAUGUGCAGACGUUCAACCAAACACGGAUAUGAAGCAGGACGGACCAAUGAUAACGGACCAACAAGAGAUGAUGGAGGAUUCGGGGAGGAUUCUUUUUAGACACGGCUGCUUGCUGGUGUUUGGCCUCAAGACCUCUCUUUGAAACUCAAGUGAAGGAUGAGCAUUGCCAGACGGUUAAGUGCAGAGUAUACUUGCAUGUUAUGUAAUAUUUCAUAAAAGUCAAGGUCAAUAUUAUUAGGCAUCACAGAAAUCUAAAUGUUGCAUACGUACAGAAACAUCACUCGAAUUAGAAAAAUCUCACACCAACCAAUGUUAACUGCUGAGGUGAGUCUGUUGUGUUAGGCACUUGUGUGUGUGUGUCUUUGUGUGUGUGUACGUGUGUGUACGUGUGCGUGCACGUGUCUUUUUAAAAGCAUUUCUUGAGAUUUUGAUUUGACAUGUUCCUAUUUAUUCCUACUGACGCUGCACUGUUGAACAAGUUGCAAUGUGAAUUGCCUUCGUGCACAUGACCAAAUGUGAAGUAUAAAAUUAAAUGACUGGAUAAAGCAGAACCUGUCAGUA